AUGAACAUUUAUGCCUUCAUAAUAGGGCUCAAAAGGCUCGCAAACCGCCUCGAUAAGAUAGACACUGUCGACUCACUAAGUGUGCGCGCAGCGCGGAAAGUCGUCAGCACCUCAUUAGAUUUUGAGACAACUGGCGUUGGAGGAGGAGGGGUAAAAAUCAACUCAUCUAGAUUCGGUUUUGUUCAUUUCAUUCUCUUCUAUCCGUUCUGCGCCUUCUUUACUCUGUACGAGUAUAUCGUGGACUGCACCAACCCAGAGGACUGCGAGGCAGAUGUGCGUCUACUCGAGCAGGUUGGCGAUGCUAUGGAACACACAAGCACAACGGCCCGCACAGAUCUGAAACCUUUCGCAGAGACCAUCAAAGCCUUGAAUAAAGUGUCGCGGGUCAUACAGGACUAUCGGCGGAAUAAGAGAGCACCGCCUGCACAAUUGCUAUCUGUAGAUGCCAAUGACACCCAACAGCAAACAGAUGGUACGGACCACCACAUGACCAUACCAGACCUUGACCCAUCCGCCUUCGAUACUUUUCCCGACUUCCCAAUGACCAUGGACGGCGAACCAGAGCCGCUUAGCUUCGUUCGUGCCAUGGAGGACUUCAUAUGCCGCAAUUGGCACGAGAGCUGGUGGGAUAUGAGCGGUGGCAUGAACAAUGGAAUGGCAUACAUGUCUGACGGCACUGCGCUCGGACAGCAGUAG